AUGCUUCAAAGACCUGGGCGACGGCGAUACCCUUCCAGCCACCGCAUCGCAGCAGAGAGUCGCUUUCUUUCAAGUGACUUCUUCUCCUUCUUCUUCUUCUUCCUUUUUUUCUCUUCCUCUAUUCUCCGUCUUCACAAGAAACCCUUUGUGAAGAAAUAUCCAUCUCGACCGUUUUACCGGCGACAUCUACUUCCUUCGCUCGCCACAGGUCUACGGAUCUUGGAACGGGUUGUUGGAUUGCUUUCUUUCUCUCAUAGCUACGAGCUUUGCGAUCUUUCUCCUCUUAUUCCUUCUCUUGCACCAUCCAACACUCACUCACCUCACCUUUACCUCUCCUCCGCCCGUCAGCCAGAAAAGACACUCCUGCUCGAGGCUCCUAACCAUCUCCUAGUACCAAGACCACACACGACCCUUGCGACCGCCUUCGUUACGAGCGCUUGA